AUGUUCAUGGAACACUCCUCCAAGUCUUUCCUCCGCAUUUAUUCAGAAUUCUUCCCUUCCAAGUCCACCAAGUCGUCGGUUGAGGCUAUGGGCCCACCGCAUGCUGCGUCGAAUGGGGAACUUGCUGCUCCGUUGAUUGGGGCUAUGAUUGCGUUCGCGAUGUAUGGUGCCUUGAUAUGUCAGGCUGCGUGGUAUUUCAGAGCCUUUCCGAAGGACCCCCUAUAUCUGAAGAUUUUGCAGGUCGAUAUGGUACUAUUUCAUCCGGCGGGGAAUUGGCGUCGACCCCGAGACUUUGAUAAGUUGCAAUUAUUGUACUCUCCUCGCGCAUGUGUAGUCUCCUCAAGAUCACUUCAGGCCUUUUUCGUUCCGACCCUUGAGGCCAACCUAAUCUCUGGACCAGUGGCAAGUAAGAAGAACUAUAUACUUGCCGCCGUAGUGGUUUCACUAUCUACUUUCUUCAGGGAAUUUUUCCCUUAUCAUGUCCUUUGGGAUGAGAGUCUUUUCAAGCGGCGUGGUGACCGCAACCAUGUGCAUUCUAUUGACCCGACGGGCUGCCCCCUUGUCUUCCUACGA